AGCUGUGGGCGGGGCUCUGUCUUUGUGGGCGGGGCCUGCGCAGACCCAGCUCCUGCUCGUCAGUCCCAGCCGCAGUUCCUCUGCUGCAGGUUCGGGAGCAGCAGCUCACUGUGCGCGCGCCUGAGAACCGGAGGGACCGAAGCUGCGGGUCCGGACCCGCGGGACCCGACCGAGUCGAGUUCUGAGCAGCUGGACCUGUUUCUGGGACCUGGACCUGUUUAGUAUGAGAAGUUCUUUCAUCCCGGCCCGUUUGGUUCCUGUCAUCCUUCACACAUCUGAUCAUCUGGUUCUGUUCGUCCACCCGAACCUCAUUGUUUCAUCCCGGUGCCGCCGUCACCUCCCCCUGCAGCUGAGAGCGGAAUAUCGUCCCGGUUCUGGUUCUGGAUUCCUGACGGAUCUAUUUGUGUUCCGCUGAGGAGGAUCAUGGAUCUGAGUGGGUCUGAGUGAACCCGGGUCUGUCCUCUGGAGAUGUUCUGAGCGGGGGCUCGUGGUUCGGUUCGGAUGCGCUGGAUCAGGAUCUAAUCUGGACAUUUGUUCUGAUUCUGUUUGGUUCGGUUCUGAGUGGACUGACGCGGUUCUGAGGCGGAUCCGYGCUCACCAUGACGCUGUGGAGAUAUGUUUGUUUCGGAGUUCUGGUUCUGUUCAGAUUGGACCUGGUCCGGCCGCUCAUCCUGGAGUCCAUCUACUGGAACACGACCAACACCAAAUUCGUGCCGGGCCAAGGCGUGGUUCUGUACCCGCAGAUCGGGGAUAAGUUGGACAUAGUGUGCCCGCGGGUGGACGGCGGCGUGACGGACGGCGUGGAGUACUACAAGGUGUACAUGGUUCCCAAGGAGCAGCUGGAGAGCUGCACCAUCACCAAGGCCGACACGCCGCUGCUGAACUGCGUCAAACCGGACCAGGACGUCAAGUUCACCCUGAAGUUCCAGGAGUUCAGCCCCAACCUGUGGGGGCUGGAGUUCUUCAAGGGCAAGGACUACUACAUCAUCUCCACAUCUAACGGCACCAUGGAGGGCAUCGACAACCAGGAGGGAGGAGUCUGCAGAACCAAGUCCAUGAAGAUGGUGAUGAAAGUGGGCCAGAACUCCAUCUCCCAAGACGACAACAAAGCCCCGGGGACCGACGGGAAGUCCUCCAGCGUCAUCGGCUCCGAGGUGGCCAUCUUUGUGGGCAUCGCCUCGGGCAGCGUCAUCUUCAUCAUCAUCAUCAUCAUGCUUGUCCUGCUGCUGCUGAAGUACCGGCGGCGGCACCGCAAGCACUCCCCGCAGCACACGGCCACGCUGUCGCUCAGCACCCUGGCCACGCCCAAACGGAGCGGCGGCGGCGGCAACAACAACGGCUCCGAGCCCAGCGACAUCAUCAUCCCGCUCAGGACUGCUGACAGCGUGUUCUGUCCGCACUACGAGAAGGUCAGCGGGGACUACGGACACCCCGUCUACAUAGUGCAGGAGAUGCCUCCUCAGAGCCCGGCCAACAUUUAUUAUAAAGUCUGAGGCGGGUCAGCGCAGGAACUGGAUCAUCCAGGAGCGGAGCGGAGCUUUGGACCGGGCAGCUGGUUCCUGGACAACAAACUGUCUCUCGCUCCACUCCUCCUCCUCCUCCUCUCCGACGUGCUGUCAUCUUUUCUUUCCCAGUUUUGCUUGUCUCUGCGGCCCGGUCACAGUUCUGGUUCUGGUUCUGGGACGGGUAGAGAGGUACCGCCGCUCUCCGGGGACGUGGAGCGCCGUUGGUGCACCAGGAGAGGAUUUCUGUGGGGCAGAGACCCAGACGGAGGAGGCGGAGCUUGUGAAGUGAUGCUCACAGGAAGCAGAGACUGAGUGGAUCCAGCAGCUGGACCACAGGACCCGUCUCUGGUACUGUUCCUGAUCCACUCACUCGUUCACCCACAUGACUAACAUCACCUCCACGUGCACAGAAGCCGCCUCACUGGUCCGUGUGAAGAAGUGUUGUUAUCAUCUCAUCACUGUCCCUGAAGGCUUGACGACACUUCAGUCAUCACUUCCUGUUUGAUUUCCAUCAUAUCUGUUGUUUUGUUUCUGUCAGAGCCCGAGUGCAGAGUUUAGCUUUUCCUCCUCAUCGUUCACAAACGAGCCCACAGAGGCUCAGAGUGUCCCGUUAAAGUGACGAUGCAAAAAAAAAGAAAAGAAAAGCCCAGGAGGAGGUGUGCCCAGGUGGACUCAGAGUGGAGGACUCCUCCCUCACAUAGUGCAGCACUUUUACCCCCUCCUCUGUCCUCACGUCCCUCCACUCUGCUCAGCAGUCCACAGGGACACACUCGGGACGUUUGGACACCUGAAAGCGUUCGGGGCAAUAAGAAAUCCAGUUUGCCUUACUGCUGUAAGAAGAUCUGCUCCAGGUUAGUGUAGCUGACGCAGCUGCAGGUACUGUAACGUUUACCACAGAGAAACUAAGGGUGCCCAGAGGGCCCAAAAAUCAGCCUGAGCGGCGCUUUCCUCUUGUUUCUGUUAAACACAGGGACGUUCACUCACAUCGUCACGGUUCUCCUUUAGCUUUUCCUUUACAACACUCGUUUUAACUAAAUACAUGUACAUUUUAAAAUAAAAUAAGGACAUUAAAAGAUGAAAAACUACAAAAAUAAGAUGAAAAGCAGAAUUUAUUUAUGAUAGACACAUAGAGCACAGGUGUGGUCAGGCAGUAUGGAGGAGAAGAAGAAGCUAAUUUUAAUAUAUAAAGUGGUAUAAAUGCACAUUAUGCAAUCUAGCCUUUGAUUAUUUGAUAUAUUUAGUCCACAGGUUUGA